GAUGCAAUCAGAGCUCACUGCAGCCUUGAUCUCCCAGGCUUAAGUGAUCCUCCUGCCUCAGCUUCCCAAGUAGCUGGAACUGCAGGCAUGCACCACCAUGCCUGGUUGGGUUUUUUCUUUAAUCAAGAAAUGUUUCUUGGAUUCUUUCUUGUAUGUGCUUUUAAUAUAAAAUUAAAGCCAUUCAUUUCUCUUUAUAUUCAGUUUUAUGGUUUGCUUUUUCUUUUUAUCUGAUUUUUGAAUAAGUAAAAAUACAUGAUUCAGCGAGAUGUGGUGGCUUGUGCUUGUAAUCCCAGCCCCUUGGGAGGCUGGAGUGGGAGAGUUCAAGACCAGCCUGGGCAAUAUAGUGAGACCCUGUCUCUAAAAAAAGAAUUUUUUUUUUCAAAUUAGCCAGUUGUAGUGGUUCAUACCCGUAGUCCCAGUUACUUGGGAGGCUGAGGCAGGUGGAUCACUUGAGUCUAGGAGUUCAAGACUGCAGUGAGCUGUGAUCAUGCUCUUUAAAAAAAAAAAAUCUGCCAGGUAUGGUGGCUCACACCUGUAAUCCCAGCACUUUUGGAGGCCGAGGCAGGUGGAUCACAAGGUCAGGAGAUCAAGACCAUCCUGGCUAACAUGGUGAAACCCCAUCUCUACUAAAAAUACAAAAGAAAUUAGCCGGGCAUGGUGGCGGGUGCCUAUAGUCCCAGCUACUUGGGAGGCUGAGGCAGGAGAAUGGCAUGAACCCGGGAGGCGGAGCUUGCAGUGAGCCAAGAUUGCACCACUGCACUCCAGCCUGGGUGACAGAGUGAGACUCCAUCUCAAAAAAAAAAAAAAAAAAGAAAAAAUCUUGUUUUCUCUUCCUUUUUCUUCCCUCCUUCCUCUUUUGCCCCUCUUCUUUCCUUGCUCAUGUGAUACUAUUGUAAAGGUGUACCUUAGUUUAUUCAGCCAGUCUCCAUGGAUGGACGUAUAGGUUGUUUCUAAGUUUUUAAUAUUUUAUAGAAUGUGUAUGGAAUGAUAUAGUGAGUAACCUCAUGAAUAAUGUCGUUUCACUUUUGUGGAGGUAUAUCUUCAGAGUAAAUUUGUAGAAGUGGGCUUGUGGGUCUGAGAGUAAAUGCAGAUGUAGUUUUGUUAGCACGUAUGUGGUCAAAAGCAUUUUUUUGCUCUGAGGCAGGGGCAUGUAGCUGGUGUGCUGAAGGAAUAGCAAGGAAGCCACAUGAAGAAACAGGUGAAAGUCACUGGCUUAAGAUCCUAUAUACUAGCAGCAGAGUUGAAUUAGAGCCCUGGCCUCCAUCUUCAUUGCACUUAGACAACAAAGAAUUCGUGCAUGGAAAACAGGAAUGUAUUUGACCAAGGCCAGUGUUACCAGGGCCGUUAGGAGGUCAGAGAAAGGAGAAGUUUAUAUGGACCCCAGUCAGGUAGAAAAUACUUCACCCCAAAAUUUACAGCAUCAGUAAGGUUUGUAAUGGCCCUCUGCUGUGCAUAGAGCUUGUAUUAGUGUGUUUUCUUUUCUUUUUCUUUUUUUUUUUUUGAGACAGAGUCUUGCUCUGUCAUCUAGACUGGAGUGCAGUCGAAUGAUCUUGGCUCACUGCAACCUCUGCCUUCCAGGUUCAAGCGAUCCUCUUGCCUCAGCCUCCUGAGUAGCUGGGAUUACAGUGCCUGCCACCACGCUUGGCUAAUUUUUGUAUUUUUAAGUAGAGACGGGGUUUCACCAUGUUGGCCAGGCUGGUCUGAAACUCCUAACCUCAGAUGAUCUGCCCGUCUCAGCCUCCCAAAGUGCUGGGAUUACAGGUGUGAGCCACUGCAUCUGGCCUAGUGUGUUUUUAUACUGCUAUAAAAAACUACCUGAGACUGGGUAAUUUAUUUAAAAAAGUUUUAAUUGACUCAGUUCCACAGGCUAUACAGGAGGCAUGGCUGGGGAGGCCUCAGGAACCUACAAUCAUGGAGGAAGGGUGAAGGGUAAUGUUAAAGAUACAUUUUGAUCACUUCUAGGACCUUCUGAUGUAAAGGCAUAUUUGUUAAAAUCACACCCAGAGCUUUUAUUGUAAGGGUACUUUUUUUUUCUUACACUUUCAGAACUUUCCAAUGUAAAUAUGCAUUUUGAGUACUUCUGGAAUUUUUCAUAGUUAAGGUACAUUUUCUCUUUUGCAAUUAGAAAUAUGUGGAAUAGUUAUAUUUUUGCACCUUGAGAAUAUUUGGUUCCUAAUCUUUUUUAUCUAAUGGUUUUAAUGCUUCUGAAUUUCCUUCCUGAUAUGUUGUUAUGCUGGGGCUAUGCAAAAUGGUGGUAUUCUAAUGCUAUUAUUUCUUUUUCAUAAAUAUUUGGCAUUCUUUUGUAAAGCACAUGCCUUUUCUAUUCUUUUCAUUUUAUUUUUAAAUGAAAAAGCUGUGUAGCAUGUGGAUUAGUCACUUCAUACAAUAGACGUUUGAUUAGAAAAGUUGGGCGCAAAUGAAAUGUAAAAAUAUGGAGUCAUAGCUUAUAUGUACCAUGGUGGUUUACUCUUCAAAGGAAUCUUACUGUAAAUCUUUUUUUUUUUUUUUUUUGCAAAGCUAGUAAUCACCUCUUAAUUUCUGUUAUUCUUAUAAACCUGAAUUUUCAUGUAGGGCACAUUUAUUCAACAAAUUAUUGAGUGCUUUUUAUGUGCCAGACACUGUGGUCAGCACUUGGAAUAGAGUAGUAAGCAGAAAAAACAUACCUGUCCUUAAUGUAGGGUACAUCCUUACUGUUAAGAAGACAAUGACAGUUGCCCAGAACCCCAUGAUUGAAGGCAGUUAUGAAGCUAUGUCUGAGGAAUCUUGAUUUGGAGGGUAUUAUAGGCUUUUCCUAACAACCUGGUUCAAUAAAUGCUUUGAAGUUCAGAACCCUAAACAACCAUUCUCUAUGGGUCUGAUGAAAAGAAUAUAUGAUAUAAUUGGCAGUAUCCUCCUGAUGUCUUUCUAAUGUAAUGUCAAAUUAUGAUUACAGAGCCCUUAACGUGAAAUUUUGCCUAAUUUUUUGUCUUAGGAUAUUUCCUAAUAUUUCUAGGGUCCACACCUCCAUAAGACAUGUGCUAGAGGCAUGAUUCAGAGGCUCCUGAGACCUUGAGGAUUCAGAGCUGUUGUGAGGACAUCACCAGGCAAGCCUUGCUUCGGUUACUAGAUUCCGUCUGGACUGGGUAGGAAAGAAAUGCCACUUUCCUGGCAUUAUCAAUGAAGUUAAUGGAAGAGCAGAGAAUUUCUAGAAGUUCUGAAAAGGCUUUGAGGCUUGUGGCAAUCUACCAUAGCUCAAACUUGAGGAGACCACCUUUCAUAAGAUGGAUUCAAAUACAAUACCUGCGCUGAAAGACUUUUUUUGCUCCUGCUUUUGGGUUGGCUAUGGGACUUGCAUCAUCUGGCUGAAUUGGACCAGCAGUUCAGGGGAUGAAGAGAGGUCCCUGCUGCUUCUCAGUCACAUGGCAUGGCAGAUAUUUUCAGCCUUCUGAAUCUUCCAAGGAACAGUCAAGUGGCACUUAGCUAGAUAAAUGUUAAUAGAGGCAUCUCUUAAAGAGUUUUCCACCAAAGAUAAGUCUUUUUCUUCUUCUACUUACUCUAUACUCCAGCAAUAUCUCCCUACAGAUUAGUAAGAUGAAUGUGUCCACAGUUAGGUGUAUACCUGUCUUUAAAGAAAAAAGAUGUCUGUUAGUUACACUGCUAUGACCUCAGGUUCCAGAAUAUUAAGGGAACAUUCUUUCAAGAGAUGUUUCACUUUGGACUAAUCCGAAGUUUAGAAACCAGCUUAUUGCCAAAGGGAAAAAGGAUAGCCCAAGGGACAAGAAAACACUUCUCACUAUGAAUUGGUUUGGAAGUAACUUCUUCAGGUGUCCUGAGGAUCUUUCGUUACUCAACAUAUACUCACCUCUGUUGUCACACAUGUCAUCUGAAGAUGAACAUUUUAUUUCCAACUUGAGGGGCCAUGUACCAGCCAACGCUGUGGUGAAGCAGCCUGUUCGGGGAGCCAGUGGCAGGACGACCAUCACAGCAAUUGUCCAGACUGGCGGGGGCUGGAGCACUGGUCUCUUCAGUGUCUGCAGAGAUAGGAGAAUUUGUUUCUGUGGUCUAUUCUGUCCUAUGUGUCUUGAGUGUGACAUCGCCAGGCAUUAUGGAGAGUGUCUUUGUUGGCCGUUGUUACCUGGGUCCACCUUUGCACUGAGAAUUGGCACCAGGGAGAGACAUAAAAUACAGGGCACACUGUGUGAAGACUGGCUGGCGGUGCACUGCUGUUGGCCUUUUUCCAUCUGCCAGGUGGCCCGGGAACUCAAGAUGAGGACCUCCCAAGUCUAUGAAAUCUGUGCAGUCCCAAUGACUAAGGACACCCUGGUUUGACAGCAAGAUAACUCCUCCUCCUUACUCCCCAACACCCUCCUCUCAAACCUCUCAGUGGAACAAUUGCUUUUUCCUAAGUUUUUACUGAAAUGGUACGAAAAUAAAUGAUUUCCCCCCUA